CUUGAACUUCUAGCAAACCCAUCUCCAUCAUCAACGCAAUGUCUAAAGUUCAGUACUGCUCCCUUGGAAAGUCCGGUCUCAAAGUCUCUGUCCCAAUUCUUGGUGCGAUGAGCUUCGGUACUUCAAAAUGGGCUCCCUGGGUCCUUGACGAGGAGCCCUCUAUCGAAAUAAUGAAGGCUGCUUGGGACCUUGGUAUCAAUACCAUCGACACCGCCAACAUUUACUCAAACGGCGAGUCAGAGCGUGUCAUCGCCAAGUUCAUCAAAAAGUACAACAUUCCUCGCCCCCAGAUCAUAAUCGCAACCAAGUGCAAUGGCCUUGUCAUCGAUGAUCCUUCAAUACAGGGGUUCGCCAGACCCGGUCUCGAUAAGCUGCCCGAAUACGUUAACCAGUCUGGCCUGUCUCGCGCUGCAAUCUUUAACGCUGUCGAUGCGUCCCUCGCUCGUCUCGAUACCCCAUACAUCGAUCUCUUGCAGAUCCACCGCUUUGACCCUUCAGUCACCCCUCAGGAAACCAUGAAAGCGCUCCACGACCUCGUGCAGAGCGGUAAAGUUCGAUACAUUGGUGCUAGUUCCAUGCGCUGCUGGCAGUUUGCCAUGUUGAACGACGUGGCCGCUCGUAAUGGCUGGACCACGUUUGUCAGCAUGCAGGAUGAGUACUCGCUGCUCUACCGCGAGGAGGAACGCGAAAUGCUCGCGUAUUGCAAAUUCAAUGGAAUCGGUGUCAUACCCUGGGCUCCUCUAUCUGCUGGUCUCCUCGCACGUCCCAUUGGCACAGAGACGACGCGUCUGAAUUCUCUCAAGGGAACCGCUUGGGAGAAAAAAGUGUCCAGUGCAGAUGCGACUAUCAUUAACCGUGUCGAAGAGCUUUCAAAAAAGAAAAAUUACAAGAUGAGCCAGAUUGCGCUGGCCUGGGUUGCAUCAAAGGUGUCGAGCCCUAUCGUGGGUAUCAGCUCUGUACAGAGGCUGCAGGAGAGUAACAUCGAAGGAAUUGAGCUUACCCCGGAGGAGAUAAAGUACCUGGAGGAGCCGUAUGAGCCCAAGGCCACUCGUGGCCACACUUAGGUGAUCACAGCCUACAAUGCCCAAGGAGAGAUACCUGUAGCACUUUAUAUUAGUACCACCAUCGACUUAAACGCAAUGCAUUGAGUGGAGAAUGAUGAUCAUAUCGGUUUCAGAAGCACUGGAGUUCUAUGCUGACGAAUUUGGAGGGUAUGGGCACAGCGUAAGACAAUUGUACCCUUGAGUAUACCGUGACCUUCGUUGAUUCGUUCGAACACUUUACAAGAACAAAUUAAUUAGCGAAUGUAGGACGUGAGUGGAUGUCGAGUAGAAAGUUGAAACUGCUAGUGUGAUAAAGUUACAUCACGUGAAC